GUCCUAGGGAGCUCAGCCUCACGGCCAGCCGCAGUCCCCCGCACAUCCCUGGGCUGCGGUGGGCUGAGCGGUGGACCGGCCUCAGCAGCCCCUGUUCCAGCCUGUAGGGUGAACCGGCCGCUCUCCCCACAAAGGAGCAAUCGUGCUGAGGGUAGCGCCUCCUCCGGAGGAGGGGGCGGGAGCUCAGCUGAGAAAGCUUUCCUAGGGAGUUGCCUUAAAGAAAGAAAGCGGAAUUGUCGAUCACUCCAGCUGCCAGUUUUAUACAAUUUUAAGCAGUCGUCUCCACUCGUUUCGUUUGCAAAACUGCAAAUCACCACCAACUUUGCACCAAAAAGAAGUGGUGGUUGGCGGGGGGCGGGGGGGGGGUUAGAAAAAGAAAAGCAAAUCUCCUUCUCCCUUUUCACCCUCCCUUUCCUCUCACCCUCCCUUCCUUUCUUGCUCGCUCCUUCUCCCUCCCUCCCUUCUGCGGCUGCCGCUAGUCUCUCCGUCUCUCUCUCUCCGACGGGACUUAGCAACUUCUAAUUUCUCAGCCCCUUUUCCAUUUUCUUUUUUUCUAUCCUUUGCCAUGAAUUGGAUUGACAGAGGCGGGGGAGGCUUUGCUUUCUGCCCCAGGGAAUGGCGAUUCGCGUCCUGGGGCCGUGCCGGGGAGAAUCGGCCGAGGAGAAAGAAAGAGUGAUAGAAAAAGAGCUGCAGGAAAGAAGAGAAGGGAGACCUCCAUCUGCCGCGGGCUCGGCGCGCUGCCUGGCGGCGCGGAGCUGCGCCUCGGAAUGGCCCGGAGCCCGCCCUGCGCCCCCGGCUCCUCCAGCGUCAGUGGCUCCUGCGCGCGGGAUGCAUUGGGCAAUUUUUGAAAUCCUGAAGUAGGGAGAGACCCCGGAGGACAUAAGUUGGGGGUGGGGGUGGAGCCGAGAAUCUGUAAAAGAUAUUCAAAGAGAGAAAAGGGGAAUCCUGAUCGUUUCUGCCCGUGCUUGCUUUGAACUUGAGCGUGCUAGCUUUUAACUUGAAGUCUCACUGGAGCAUCUAGCAUUCUCCAGGAGUUAUUCGAAAGCUGAAACUUUCAGUGGAUUGUGGGCCUGAGGAAAAGAAGGAUUCCGAGAGUAGAACUGGGAGACAGUGCGGUGUAUCUGUGUGUGUGAGUGUGUGCGCGCGCGCGCGUGUGGGUCGGGGCGGGGGUGUUGGGGGACCACUGGGGAUUCGUGAAGAGGGCACCAUACCAUGGCAGUGCCCGGCGACGCAGCACGAGUCAGGGACAAGCCCGUCUACAGUGGGGUGAGCCAAGCCCCGAAGGCGGGCCGGGACUGCCACCGUCGUGCGGACCCCGCAUCGCCGCGCGACUCGGGCUGCCGUGGCUGCUGGGGAGACCUAGUGCUGCAGCCGCUCCGGCGCUCUCGGAAACUUUCCUCCGCGCUGUGCGCGGGCUCCCUGUCCUUUCUGCUGGCGCUGCUGGUGAGGCUGGUCCGCGCGGAGGUCGGCUGUGACCUAGAGCAAUGUAAGGAGGCGGCGGCGGCGGAGGAGGAGGAAGCAGCCCCGGGAGCAGAAGGGGGCGUCUUCCCGCGGCCUCGGGGAGGUGCUCCCGGGGGCGGCGCGCGGCUCAGCCCCUGGCUGCAGCCCUCGGCGCUGCUCUUCAGUCUCCUGUGUGCCUUCUUCUGGAUGGGCUUGUACCUCCUGCGCGCCGGGGUGCGCCUGCCUCUGGCCGUCGCGCUGCUGGCCGCCUGCUGCGGGGGGGAAGCGCUCGUCCAGAUUGGGCUGGGCGUCGGGGAGGAUCACUUACUCUCGCUCCCCGCCGCGGGGGUGGUGCUCAGCUGCUUGGCCGCCGCGACAUGGCUGGUGCUGAGGCUGAGGCUGGGCGUCCUCAUGAUCGCCUUGACUAGCGCGGUCAGGACCGUGUCCCUCAUUUCCUUGGAGAGGUUCAAGGUCGCCUGGAGACCUUACCUGGCGUACUUAGCCGGCUUGCUGGGGAUCCUCCUGGCCAGGUACGCGGAACAAAUCUUGCCGCAGUCCGCGGAGGCGGCUCCAAGGGAGCAUUUGGGGUCCCAGCUGAUUGCUGGGACCAGGGAAGAUAUCCCGGUGUUUAAGAGGAGGAGGCGGUCCAGCUCCGUCGUGUCCGCGGAGAUGUCCGGCUGCAGCAGCAAGUCCCAUCGGAGGACCUCCCUGCCCUGUAUACCGAGGGAACAGCUCAUGGGACAUUCAGAAUGGGACCACAAACGAGGGCCAAGAGGAUCACAGUCUUCGGGAACCAGUAUUACUGUGGAUAUAGCCGUGAUGGGCGAGGCCCACGGCCUCAUUACCGACCUCCUGGCAGACCCUUCUCUUCCACCAAAUGUGUGCACAUCCUUGAGAGCCGUGAGCAACUUGCUUAGCACACAGCUCACCUUCCAGGCCAUUCACAAGCCCAGAGUGAAUCCCGUCACUUCCCUCAGUGAAAACUAUACCUGUUCUGACUCUGAAGAGAGCUCUGAAAAAGACAAGCUUGCUAUUCCAAAGCGCCUGAGAAGGAGUCUGCCCCCUGGCUUGUUGAGACGAGUUUCUUCCACUUGGACCACCACCACCUCAGCCACAGGUCUACCCACCUUGGAGCCUGCGCCAGUUCGGAGAGACCGCAGCACCAGCAUCAAACUGCAGGAAGCACCUUCAUCCAGUCCUGAUUCUUGGAAUAAUCCAGGGAUGAUGACCCUCACCAAAAGCAGAUCCUUCACUUCGUCCUAUGCUGUUUCUGCAGCUAACCAUGUAAAGGCUAAAAAGCAAAGUCGACCAGGUGCCCUCGCUAAAACUUCACCUCUUUCAUCGCCCUGCUCCUCACCUCUCCAAGGAACUCCUGCCAGCAGCCUAGUCAGCAAAAUUUCUGCAGAGCAGUUUCCAGAAUCUGCUGACACAACUGCCAAACAAAGCCUAGGUUCUCACAGGGCCUUAACUUAUACUCAGAGUGCCCCUGACCUAUCCCCUCAAAUCCUGACUCCACCUGUUAUAUGUAGCAGCUGUGGCAGACCAUAUUCCCAAGGGAAUCCUGCUGAUGGGCCCCUGGAGAGAAGUGAGGCGGCCACUCGGACACCAAGUAGAACAGACGACACUGCUCAAGUUACCUCUGAUUAUGAAACCAAUAACAACAGUGACGGCAGUGACAUUGUACAGAAUGAAGAUGAGACAGAGUGCCUGAGAGAGCCUCUGAGGAAAGCAUCAGCUUGCAGCACCUAUGCUCCUGACACCAUGAUGUUUCUGGACAAACCAAUUCUUGCUCCCGAACCUCUUGUCAUGGAUAACCUGGACUCAAUUAUGGAGCAGCUAAAUGCUUGGAAUUUUCCAAUUUUUGAUUUAGUGGAAAAUAUAGGAAGAAAAUGUGGCCGUAUUCUUAGUCAGGUGUCUUACAGACUUUUUGAAGACAUGGGACUCUUUGAAGCUUUUAAAAUUCCAAUUAGGGAAUUUAUGAAUUAUUUUCAUGCUUUGGAGAUUGGAUACAGGGAUAUUCCUUAUCAUAACAGAAUCCAUGCCACUGACGUUUUACAUGCUGUUUGGUAUCUUACUACACAACCUAUUCCAGGCCUCUCAACUGUGAUUAAUGAUCAUGGUUCAACCAGUGAUUCAGAUUCUGACAGUGGAUUUACACAUGGACAUAUGGGAUAUGUAUUCUCAAAAACAUAUAAUGUGACAGAUGAUAAAUACGGAUGUCUGUCUGGGAAUAUCCCUGCCUUAGAGUUGAUGGCACUGUAUGUGGCUGCAGCCAUGCAUGAUUAUGAUCACCCAGGAAGGACUAAUGCUUUCCUGGUUGCAACUAGUGCUCCUCAGGCGGUGCUAUAUAACGAUCGUUCAGUUUUGGAGAAUCAUCACGCAGCUGCUGCAUGGAAUCUUUUCAUGUCUCGGCCAGAGUAUAACUUCUUAGUUAACCUUGACCAUGUGGAAUUUAAGCAUUUCCGUUUCCUUGUCAUUGAAGCAAUUUUGGCCACUGACCUGAAGAAACACUUUGACUUUGUAGCCAAAUUUAAUAGCAAGGUUAAUGAUGAUGUUGGAAUAGACUGGACCAAUGAAAAUGAUCGUCUACUGGUUUGUCAAAUGUGUAUAAAGUUGGCUGAUAUCAAUGGUCCAGCUAAAUGUAAAGAACUUCAUCUUCAAUGGACAGAUGGUAUUGUCAAUGAAUUUUAUGAACAGGGUGAUGAAGAGGCCAGCCUUGGGUUACCCAUAAGCCCCUUCAUGGAUCGUUCUGCUCCUCAGCUGGCCAAUCUUCAGGAAUCCUUCAUCUCUCACAUUGUGGGGCCUCUGUGCAACUCCUAUGAUUCAGCAGGACUAAUGCCAGGAAAAUGGGUGGAAGACAGCGAUGAGUCAGGAGAUGACCCAGAAGAGGAGGAAGAAGCAACAGCACCACAUGAAGAGGAAACCUGUGAAAAUAAUGAAUCUCCAAGUAAAAAAAAAGACUUUCAAAAGGAGAAAAGUCUACUGCCAAAUAACUCAGCACCUCUUACAGAACCACAAGAUGUGGAAGAAUGUCAUUGAAGAGGAGCAGCGGUUGGCAGACAUAGAAAAUCAAUCCCUGGGUCAGACCCCUCAGCCACACUCUUCAGAACAGAUCCAGGCUAUCAAGGAAGAAGAAGAAGGAGAGAAAGGGAAACCAAGAGGGGAGGAGAUACCAACCCCAAAGCCAAACCAGUGACAAUGGAUAGAGUGGGCUGUGUUUCCAGACAGACUGACUUGUCAAAGACUCUCUUCAAGCCAGCACAACAUUUAGACACAACACUGUAGAAAUUUGAGAAGAUGGCAAAUGGCUAUUGCAUUUUGGGAUUCUUCGCAUUUUGUGUGUGUAUAUUUUUACAGUGAGGUACAUUGUUAAAAACUUUUUCUCAAAGAAGCUUUCACAUUGCAACACCAGCUUCUAAGGAUUUUUUAAGGAGGAAAUAAUACAUAUGUGUGUGUGUAUAUAAGCUCCCACAUAUACAUGUAAAACAUAUUCACACACAUGCACGCACACACAUACACACUGAAGGCCAGAAUUGCUGGCUCCACAAUUUAGUAACAUUUAUAUUAAGAUAUAUAGUGGUCACUGUGAUAUAAUAAAUCAUAAAGGAAACCAAAUCACAAAGGAGAUGGUGUGGCUUAGCAAGGAAACCGUGCAGGAAAUGUAGGUUACCAACUAAGCAGCUUUUGCUCUUAGUACUGAGGGAUGAAAGUUCCAGAGCAUUAUUUGAAUUCUGAUACAUCCUGCCAACACUGUGUGUGUGUGUGUGUGUGUGUGUGUGUGUGUGUGUGUGUGUGUGUCGAAGGGAACAGUGUGAAAGGGUGCUUGCGUGCAUGUGUGUGCAUAUGUAAAGAGAUUUUUGUGGUUUCAGUAAUUCAUAGAAUAGCUGUAGCAAAUUACUGAAUACAUGUGAACAAACAAGGAAGUUCACUCUGGAGUGUCUCUGGGAGGCAGCCAUUCCAAAUGCCCUCCUCCAUUUCCUUCAAUAAAGGAGCUUUUGCAGAUGGAGGGCACUCAAGGGCUUGGUGAGAGGGCCACAUGUUUGUUUGGUAUUACAUUACUGCUAUGCACCACUUGAAGGAGCUCUAUCACCAGCCUCAAACCUGGAAGAUUGAGGCAUUUUCCAGUCCACUUGCCUAAUGAAUGUAUAGGAACUGUCUAUGAGUAUGGAUGUCACUCAACUAAGAUCAAAGCACCAUUUAAGGAGAUGAUGACAUUUUUUAUAAACACCUAGGAAAGAGCUGGAGUCAGGUCUUUUAAUAAGGUUAGAAUUCUAAAUGAUGCCAGAGAAGGCUUAGGAAAUUAUACUUCAGCACGAUCUCCUGUGUCUUCUUAAUUUGCUGCAAAAUGUGUGGUAGAAAAAGAAAAGGAAACAGAAAAACCACUCUGGGUUAUGUAGCAAGAGAUGAAGGAGACUAUUUCAACCUAGGGUUUUUGUGUAGACAUAGGAAAAGCCUGAUUCUUGGCAACUUACAGUUUGGCUGUAGUUUGGCUUUCAGGGGUGAAGGUCCCACUGACAGCCCCUGUUGUGGUAUUCCACAUGCUGUUUGUUGGGGUAGCUUCCAUCUGCAACCUGGCCCAUUGUCAGUCAUGCUUCUUCUGGCAGGGGAGACUAGAGAGAGAUUGUUUGAGGAUCAGGUUAUUAUUGAAAGUCUUUUUGUUUUGUUUUGUUUUGGUUUGUUUAUCUACACUUGUUUAUGCUGUGAGCCAAACCUCUAUUUAAAAAGUUGAUACUCACUUUCAAUAUUUUAUUUCAUAUUAUUAUAUAUGUCAUGAUAGUUAUCUUGAUGUAAAUAUAAAGAUUUUUUUUGUUUUUGUAGAUAGUAAAUUUUUUUUUUAAAAAAAAAAAAAGGAAAAGGGAAACAUUUUUAUAAAGUUAUAUUUUAAUCACCAUUUUUUAUACAUUGUCAUUAUUUCCAAGCCCAGUAAAGGAAUGAUGAUUCAUUUGCAUGGAGGUCGAUGGACAGCCAAUCAUAUACCUAUUCUAAUUUAAAUGAUAAUCUGAUAUAGUUAUUUUUUUGCCAAUUAAAUGAGAAUGCUGCAAAGAAUUUUUUUCACUAGUAACUUUUACCAACUGAAUGAAUGCUGGGUCCAUGUCUCCCAGAUGAAGGACUAUUAACCAAUAUCAAAUUUUUAUAGUUGGUGUCCAUUUCUUUCUAACACUGUUUGGUUAUGAUUCUUCCUUUAGUACUAUAUACAAACCUGCUCAUUAUCUAAACAAUCUUAGCUUCUAAGUAAACCUUGAUUGUGAUAUCUAGUUUUUGUUUUAUCUGAAGUAGUAGAAAGGAUUGUUUACAUUAAAAUUACUUAGUUUCUCAUAAAUGGAUAUUAUACUCUCCCUUUUAAAGCAUUAUUUUACAGUAAUUCAUGGCAUUAAAAAAUAAGGCAAAUGUAAUACAAUAAAAAAUAAACAUAGUUUCAAGGCAAAUUCUCCAAUAAGUAGGAAAAUAUAAAAAGGAUCAAGCGGAUGCAGACUCUACCUAAAUACUUAGAAUAUAUUUCAGUAUAUUUCUGAGUUAACACCAGGUCUUCAUUAUUUAGAGCUUACUAAAUUGUUUUCAUUUUCUUAGCUUUGCCUGUGUCUCUCUCUUUGCAAAAAUUACUGGGAGUCAAAUUUUGCCAGUUAAUUUAACUAUUCUUACCUUGCAAUUAAGAGAAGGGGAAAAAAGCAUUUAUCUUCUCAUGCCCCUUGAAUGUAAUUACUUAACAAAGCCAAUAUUUUCCCAUUUUCCAAAUGUUGUCCAUCUUUAACGUAAAUAUUAAUUAAACAAAAAGCUAUGUUUGGAGUGAGUGGACUGGCAGGACAGUUGGAAGUUCAUCAUAGUCUACUGGCAGUUUCAUCAAAGCUGUAUAGUCCAAGUAGGGGACCAGCUUGGCUACUAUGGUGGAAGUCUCAGCAAACUGCCAGGUUUUGUUUGUUUUGUUUUAAGGUACAGGAAAUAAUAGGAAUAAUAGUGGCAAAAGCAAUCAGAAUUUCUUUAUUUUAGAAUUGUGUUCAUCAAUCCAGGAUGAUUGAUACAUUUUUCUUUAAAAAUAAAUUGCUAUUACAGCUAGAAGUCAAUUGGGAUAAAUAAAGGGAUGAAGAUCCUCCAAGUACAUGACUUUCAUACACACCCAGUACAUCUCAUAGGAUGCUAAGGGACAUUUUCUGGUAAUAGGGUUUUCCCCCUUUUUUGGUGACAGCAAUAUUAUUAUGUUCACAUCCAACUCCAGAGCUUACUUCCUGUGGUGCCAAUGUAUUUGUUGCAAUUUACUACAAUUUUAUAUGAGCCUAUUUAUAGGUGCCAUUAGAUAAAACUCAGGUCUUUCAAAUGAAGGAAUUUCUUAGCCCACCUAGGGAAAAAGAUAAUUGUUUAGACAACCAUAAAAUCAAUGAUAGGAAAAGUUGGAACCAGUUACCUAGAUGGCAUGGUUCUCUGUUAAGUAAAAGACCAGGUAUAUUCUGAGUGUCAUCAGUGUUAUUUUCAGCAUGCUAAUGAACAUCUUUCCAGUUAUAUAGCUAAACCUUUAAAAUAUUGGUUUCCUUGGUAAAAGCACUACUUUUACUUUUGUUAGCUGUAAUUUUUGUUUGUUUUGCCAUUUAUGUAAGACCUGGUUUUGCUCUCAGUAAAAGAUGAAGACAGUAGCUCUGUACAGGGAUAUAGCUAUAUUAGUCUUCAUCUGACAAGUGAAGAAAUUUUCUCUUAUUUUGUUCAAGAAAGUAUUCACUUCCUAAAAAUAGAAUACCUGAUUCUAACUAUUCCCUUUUGGUUGAAUAGCUGAACAAAUCUUACCAUUGCAAUCCUAAAACUAAAGAAAAGGAAUAUCUUAUAGACUGUUAAUAUUAGAUGUAUGUAGACUGUUAAUUUGCAAUUUCACCAUACUCCCUGCCUGUCUUACCCAGAGAACUUUCUUUGAAGGUAAAAGCUGUGCAGAAGGCAUGAGACUCAGGCCUACUCUUUGUUUAAAUGAUGGAAAAAUAUAAAUUAUUUUCUAAGUAAUAAAAUUAUAAAAAUUAUCAUUAUAAAUAAAGUCUAAAGUUUGAAAUUAUUAAUUUAUAAAAGUGAACUAAGUGUGUGAUUAUCAAAUCCUGAUUAAUGAGAAGUGAAUAAUCUAAAAAUCAUUUAUAUUCUGCUGUGGGAGAUAUUCUUGGUGCUUCCAUGUCAGUAUGGGGCUCUCCACUGUCCUCAUCAUUUAUAGCACUCCUAAAAUAACGAUGGAAACCUCAGUAAGGGUUUGUCCUCACCCUGAUUCCAGUUUAAUGCCUUUCCUGACUAUAUGCUAUUUGCAAAUAAACUGCCUCUCAAACUGGUAGAACACUCACUCCAAUAAAACAAAGUUCUAUGAACUUUCAUAACCUAGUAAAAACCAACAAGAUUCCCCUUCUUUUAGAGAUUAUUAGCUAAUAUGUGUGGAAGAAAUAUUAAUAAAAAUUCAAAUGCCAGUAGCUCAAUUCCAGAUAAUUUAAAGCUAAAAUAUUUAUGUACUUUGAAACCAAACUGAGUUUAUUUCAUUGAUUGAACCAGCUGCAACACAUUUUAUGACAUUAUCCUAGGUGAUCUAUGUCUUUAAAGUAUGAAUUUGCUGAUAUUGUCAGUUCAUUUUUUAAAUGUUCAACAAAAUUCAAUUUUAAGAUUAAGAAAUCAGCAAUUUUAGGUAAAGAAUAUUCCAAAAUUAAAUUUUUCUUAUUAAGAAAUAUAUCAGUUUUAGGUCCUAUAUUCACACAUCAAUUUGUUCAUCUGGAAGAUAUUCAAAUUCUUAUUGGGAAUGAAUUACACUGCAAACAAUGAGUUAAACUAAAAACUAUAUAUGACUUAAAUUGAGACUUGCAAACGUAAUUGUAUGUUCACAUGGUUCACACCAAUGAACCAUGCUCAGAGAACAGUAACAUGUUUUUCAGUCUAUGUUAUGCACCAAGGAUGUUAGGCAAUGUGUGCUAUUGCCUACACACUGUAUUUGUUAAAAUAAAUGUUGCUUUUAUCUUACCUCAUGGUGCUUUUACCUAACUUGAAUUGAUCUUUGUGUUUCCACUAGCAAAUCAUUCUAACAGCAGGCUAACAAAUGGUGGAAAUAAAACAAACAUUUUUUUUGCAAAAUAUGUUUGAAGACAUGACACUGAAUAUUAAGGCUUUCUUUACAUGGUGGAACUCAAUGUUCAUCUGUUGAUUCAAAAAUACUGAUCUAGUAUAAAUUAUUUUAGUGUAGGUAAGACCGCAAAAUACAGUAUAUAGAAUUAUGUAUAAAUGGAAAACAAAAUUGGCUUUUGACAUAUGUUUAAGGUUCUAAAAGGAAUCCACAUUUUCUUUCCAAUGACAGCUAGUUUUUCUCCAUAUGUUUUUAAGGUUGAUUACUUGACACACAUUGGUAUCACUGGGUUUCUGCUUGCUUGAAAAGCUGUGGAGCACAGAAGAAAAGCCUUCUCCUUACAAAUAAAAAAAAGCUGAACAUGUUUAUGUUCCAACAAUGAAGCAGUGAUUUUCUCAUUGCUUCACAUUAAGAAGUGGUUCUUUAAUUAUGCAAAUAAUUCAAUGCAACCAAAAAUGCUUCAAAGAGUAAUAAUAAAUCAUCAUAGGUAAGUAUUCUCAAGAAUGUUUAAAUUUGAUUUAUUUUCUGGAAGCAAAGCUUUUUUUUUAAUUUUUCAAUUAAAAUGAAACCCACAAAAUGACAUUCCAUGGUACUGAAUAUUUUCAUAUAAUCAGAACUAUACUGAUUAUUUUCAUAUAAUCAGAGGCUGAAUAUUUUGAUAUAAUCAUGCCUAGUAACAUAUAACAAAAAACUAGAAAGAAUAUUUAAUUCUUUUUCUAAUAUUCUCCAUGCCUCAUGGGGAAAAAUGUUUUAUGAAAGAAGGGUUCAAAUACACUAGAUAAAAAUUAAUGUCAAUUUAACUUGGUACAAAUUAUAGUUUGAGCUCUUCUGAGUUUUCCUUAAGACAAAAGAGUAUAGUAUUCAGCAAUUUAUUAUGUUUUGUGUUACUAUAAAAUAAAUGUUCUAUUAAUGUAUAUUUUAUUUUACUAAAUUCUAACACAAAAGGCCAAAUAUUUACCAUUCUUACUAAGAAAAAUUAAACCUUAAUUCAUCUUGACUUUCACAGAUGAAACACUGACCAGUCAAUAAACCACACUCACUGCAUUAAUCUGCCCAGCAUGAUCAGAUAGGUUAGAAUUUCAAAUUCAUUAAUAAAAAAGUAAUAACAAAACUUUGUAAGCCUUAAUGGUUUAACUAAUAUUUCAGUGUCAUUGAAAGUUCCUAUUUCAAAUUAAACAAAUAACAGCAGGAUAUUUUUCCUUUCCUGUUUCAAAACAAAAACCAGAUGAAAUUCCAAACACCCACUAGGCUGUCAGCUGAACCAUGUACUCUCCACUGAGAAAAUGAACAAUAUCCUAUAUCUUAACAGUUAUGCUCUAACUUUUUGAAAAGUUUUUGAUGUAAAUAAUACUAGGUUAGAAACUAAAAGCCUUUCAAUCUUACAAAAUACAAUUUGAAUGAUGUAAGGUUGUUCAAAUAUUGGCUUUCUAUAAAAACAUCAUUGUGUUAGGCUGUUUAUAAUAUCAAAAAAAUUGGCUGCUUGGGUAGUUUUAGUUACUACUUUAAAAAAAAAAAAAAGAUGAAGAAGAAACAAAGCCAAACCUAUCAGAGGAAAGCAUGGCUUCUCUUCAAUUAUACUUCCCUUACUCAAUAUUAGUAACCAAAAAAUAACCAGAAAUUCUCCUCUGCCAUAGUAGAAAGAAUGGCCUUCAACUUAAGUUCUAGUUCCCCAAGGCUGGUUUCAUUGUAAAGCCUAUGGAACUGAGAAGCAUAAAAAAGCAAGAGCUGUGGAUUGGGAGUGAACACUACAUAAAACUUGCAGGGCAUCCCAGGACACCCCUCCAUCUUUGAUACACACCAACUUAGUUUCUCUGGAGUGAAAUGACCUGUGGAUCUACUGUUCAACCUUGACUUCUUUUGUGACAAAGAACAUUUAGACAUGUUUCCAAAUGUGAAUUAGCCCUUGAAUUAGCUUGAAAACUGCUACUUGAAUAACUUUUGAAGAGCAAGAUUUUCUUUCUAGUAAUUUUACUCCCUAAAAAAGGUAAAAUACUCAGAUGUUCAAUGUGAAAUUAAAAACAGUUGUUUGAAGUAUAUCUACUUCAAUAAAUAGUGCUUUGUGUAUAUAAAGUGUUGGUUGAUAGCAGUUUUCCUGUCCCUUUUAAAAUUCCCAACUGAUUAUGGGUCAAAAACUCCAUCUUACAUUAGAGAUUUCAUUUUAACUAUUCAUAAUUUAGUAUUAUAGUAUUGCUAACUUUAAAUACUAAUUCUAACAUCUAUAUGUCACUUGUGAGGUUUUAAUGGCUUUACUUAAUAUAUAUUUGUCCAUCAGCUUAAAAGAAAUCACUAAAUUUUUUAUACUCUGUAAAAUAUUUGCAUGGGAAUUUUAGCAUAUUAUAUUUGCUUAACUGGUGUUUUUUUUUUCACUUAUGACUGUCAGUUUAUAUCUUAAUAUAUUCUCACAGAAGAAUGCAUACCGUUUUGUUCCAGUAAGGACAAUCUGUUAGUUGAUAAGCACUGGAAAUAAAUAUCACCACCCCAUGAUAUUUCUUCCUUAAGAUUUCUAUCAUGCAAAUCACAAAAUGAAAAUUGGUGCUUUUAUGGAUAUUCUGACUCUCAAUGCAAAAUAAUAAAAAUGAGAUUCUCCCUAGCUUUCUAUAUUAGAAUAUGUGACUAAAGGAACUUUAAUCUGAAUUUAGAGUGUUUUGGGUUUUGGUUGGUUUGAAUAAUUUGAUUUGAAUUUUUGCAUUAAAAUGUGCUUGGAUUUCUGUGGGCAGUUGUUCUGACCAGUCAUUACCUCUUCCUGACAGAAAACAAAGAAAAGAAAAAAAGAA